AUGACAGUGCGGCGCGGCGCGCAGUCUUGUGCAGACUUAUUAAAAAUGAAUAUUUUCUUACUGUCUCUAUCAAUGUGCAUGCUGUUUUACCGACAGGCUGAAACGGCUGCACGCGAACAGGUGCCGGUGGGACCGAUCGCAACUUUUAUCCGAACCAACAUCGUUGGCUUUCCAGUAUUGCACGAAUCACAGAAAUGGGUGUUCGAUCCCGACAUCGCAUUAAAAAGACGAAAGGAAUUCAUACAAGUGAAUGGUGAUAAAGGGGAAAAGUUAAUAGAAAAAUUAGGAUUAGGUAUCGAUGAUCGUAAAGAGGAGAGGUUGAAAAGUCAGCGGGAAAGAGACGAAGGUCAUAUCGGUGGGUUGAAUUGGUUAAGAGACGAUUAG